UUAAAUCCGUUUUCAAGCUUCAAGUGGGCCCAAAGCUUGGUGAGUGCAGUACGACAGCGGACGAGGUUUACGUCGGCUAAUAAAAUGGCGCUUUUGAAAAUUUGCAUAUUUGCUCUGGCUUUGGCUGUGGGCAUCACAACAACGAUCGCACAGCAAGCGAAGUAUCGUGGACAAUUCCGAAUUGGUGCGGGUCAUCCUCCAUCGAUGCGCCAUUUUCCACCACGCGAUCGAGACCCGGUCGGGGAGGCGGCAGUUGUGCCCAAGCACAAGCAGGAGGCGGUAGAAUACGAGCCCAGCGAGGAGUGCCCUGAGGCGAAUGGCUUCUACCCGGACAGCAAGCAGUGUGAUAAAUACUACGCCUGUCUCGAUGGUGUACCCACGGAACGCCUCUGUGCCGAUGGCAUGGUCUUCAAUGACUACACGCCUAUCGAGGAGAAGUGCGACUUGCCCUACAACAUCGAUUGCACCAAACGGUCCAAACUACAAACUCCUCAGUCCUCGCAGCACUGUCCUCGAAAGAAUGGAUACUUUGGCCACGAGAAACCCGGUAUUUGCGACAAAUUUUAUUUCUGCGUCGAUGGCAAGUUCAACAUGAUAACCUGCCCGCAAGGCUUGGUUUUCAAUCCCAAGACCGGUAUCUGCACGUGGCCCGAUGAAGUGGGCGUUACUGGCUGCAAGUCGGAGGACAUCUUUGAGUUUUCGUGUCCCAAGGUGAAUGAAAGCAUUGCUGUAACCCAUCCCCGCUACGCCGAUCCCGAUGACUGUCAGUUCUUCUAUGUUUGCGUCAAUGGCGAUUUGCCCCGCCGCAAUGGCUGCAAACUCGGCCAGGUAUUCGACGAGGAUUCAAAGAACUGUGACUGGGCGCGGAAGGUUCCCGAUUGCGCUGACUGGUACAAGGAUCGUUUAACUGAUGCUGAGCUCGAUGAGCUUGAGAACCCGAAACCGAAGUCCACAACUACCAAGAGGCCGCCUCGUGUUCGGGGCCCGUCAAGGCGUAAGCCCAAGCCUAAGGUGGUCAAACCGGAGGAAGAAGAAGAGGAUAAAGUCUAAGAGUCGACUGUUUAUUAUUUAGUGUUCCACUGAACUGCACAAUUAAAAGCUUGUAGGAGGUAUAACUAAUGA